AUGGGUGAAGCCAUAGCCGCACCAACCAACGAUGCCAAAGUGGUCCUCAAGCUGUUCAAGACUAUCAUCUUUCCCAAGCACAAGAUAGCCACACCAUACCACCCUCAAACUAGUGGUCAAGUGGAGGUUUCUAACAAGCAAAUCAAAGCCAUACUCCACAAGACAGUGAACUCAUCAAGGAAGGACUGGUCAGAGAAGUUGGAUGAUGCUUUGUGGGCUUAG